UUUUGGAUGUCGUUAUGGAUAGACGUGUUACGACAAUCAGAAAUGAGUCAGUGCUCAUGCAGGCGGGUAGAUCCCGCCGCUGCUUGUGCAAGGUGCUUGUAUGCCAGAGGUACGCCGGCUUAAUUUCAUUGUCACCUGUUGGGAUAUUCAUUUCAAAUCAUUACUUUUGUACUUUCAGUUUACAGCCCAGCUGGUUUUGAUGAAGUUUAAUGUGAUAGCGCUGGAAGUUCAGUGAGUUUUUGUAGUGCAGCUGAUAGAUAACAUACUCGGGUGUGACGUCAGGCGGGAAGAAAAUGGCGGUCCGAAGUUGACAACACGAAUUGAUGACCAAGAGAGUGAACAGUGUGGCGAAAGUGGAGAGGACAGUGGAGGAAAUCAAGAAAAAAUGGAGCGACCUGUCAAGUCAGGUUAAGCGCAAAGAGGCUAGGAGGAGGGCAGAUGCCAGAAAGACUGGAGGAGGGGCUCCCAUGGAGGAGCCAUCUGAUACGGAAUUAAAGAUGACUGUUGUGAAGAUGAGCCUGCUAUGGGUGAAGGCCCCCAUACAACACCAUCUGAACCAGCGGAUUCCUGUUUUUGAAAUAUGCCUACAGAACCAUCAACCUCCCCCCAUGCAUUUGAAGAUUAUGCUAUCCAGCCUAGUGAAACGCCAUCUGCUGUGCAAGUUCUGCGAAACAAGCUGAAUGUUCCCACAGCCAAAAAAGUUCCACCUACACAGAUGGACAGGCUGGAAGAACUCGAGAAACAAAGGCUGGCGGUCGAGAGGGAAAGGCUUCAGAUCGAGAAGGCACGUUUCACUCUGGAGCAACAUAGGUUUAACUUUGCUAUUGCCCAGAGUGGAAUUAGGGAAUGGCCAGAUUUGGCAACUAUUUUGCUUCAACAGAGCCACAACAACUGAUAUGUUACUCUCAUUUAUUCAUUUAUUUAUUUGAUCGGUGUUUUAAGCCGUACUCAAGAAUGUUUCACUUAUACGACAGCAGCCAGCAUUAUGGUGGGAGGAAACCAGGCAUAGCCUAGGGGAAACCUACAACCAUCCGCAGGUUACUGUAAAUGACUUAAUGCAGAAGGCCGGGGAAGUAUUGGGCAGUUUGUGUGAAAAGAUUAUGGUUUGAAGAUUUGAAAAUGGCGAACAAUUUUUUUGUUAGAUUUACGUAGAGGUAACAAAAUUUAAUGGAAGGUCAUAACCCACACUUAAUCGCAAAUAAUAAAUACCGUCAUGUGAAAGGGGAGGUAACUGUGAAAAUAAUUUUGAUAAAUCAGAAAGCAAGAUUUUAAAACCCGAUUCAAACCGUACUCUUUUUACAAGAAUUUACAUUGUAUUUCCUCGGUCUUCUCUUUUAAAAUUUGAUCCAAAAUAAUUUAUAUUUUUAGAGACAAAUGAAUGUCAUAAAAUAUUAUUUUUGUACUAAGACGUCUAUAUAUGUACUGUAUGUGUGCACUUUCAUGCUACAUGCACACUGAUGGCUAACA